AUGGACACCAGCAUCCAGCGUGCGCUCAACGAUAAGCUCUAUGACAAGCGCAAAAUCGGCGCGCUUGAGCUUGAGAGGGUAAUUCGGGAAUUCGUGGUCAGCAAAGACUACCAGAGAGUCCACGACAUACUCGAGCAGCUCUGCAAUGACUUCGCCUAUGCCGUUCACCAGCCGCAUGCCAGGAAUGGCGGCUUGAUCGGCUUAGCGGCGGCCGCCAUCGCCUUGGGCCCGGAACUUCCUCGCUACUUGGCCAAAAUCGUGCCGCCUGUAUUGGCCUGCUUUACCGACCAGGACGCGAGAGUGAGAUAUUAUGCCUGUGAGGCCAUGUACAACAUCGCCAAAGUUGCCAAAGGGGAAAUCUUGAUAUAUUUUAACAACAUAUUCGAUCAACUUUGCAAACUUGGGGCCGAUUCUGAACUCUCUGUCAAGAAUGGAGCGGAACUCCUCGACCGACUCGUCAAAGACAUUGUGUCAGAGUCUGCUGCCUCGUAUAUUUCAGUACUUGAAGCACCGCCAGAGAUUGAAAACGACAAAGACCAGUUAGAGAACCCGCAUGCGCACCUUCCGACUGCAUUUUCGUUGCCCAGGUUUAUACCCCUUCUGAAGGAGCGCAUCUGGGUUUCAAAUCCAUUCACACGCCUAUUUCUAGUUGGCUGGAUCACGUUACUCGACUCGAUCCCCGACCUGGAGCUCGUCACAUAUCUUCCUCGCUUCCUCUCCGGCCUACUGAAGUUUCUGUGUGAUCAAAACAACGAUGUGCGGACCGCCACUCAAUCCUGCCUGAACAAAUUUCUGAGUGAAAUCAAGCGCAUCUCGCACGUCAAAAAGGGUAUCCUCGAGAGCAAGAAGUCUCGUGAAGGUGGAAAGAGGAAGCGACAAGAAUCAAUUGAUAGCGGGAGCUACCGGCCGGAGCCAGAGGAGGGCGAUGAGAUGGAAACCGACAUGAGUGACGAAGGCGCCGAUGAAAGCUGCGAGGAUGACUGGAUUCCCGGGCAAGACGUCGAAGUCAACUUCAAGGAGAUUCUAGAGAUACUUACUGAAGCUCUAGAGUCACCAUUGGAAGAGGACAGUCUUUUGGAAGCCCUGAAAUGGAUUGUGGAGCUUCUGGACAUUUGCCCGGAAGAAGUUCUGUUGUUCACGCCGAAUAUUCUGGCACAUAUGCUGCCUGCCAUGGCCAGCACCAAAGACCGUGUACAGAUAGCUGCUACGAGAGUGAACAACUCAUUGAUGGAUUAUGUUGCCUCGCUCACAGAUGAGUCUGUCCCGCCGCAUUCUGCCCUCCAAGCUCCGGGAUUCUCCAGCUCUAAGCCAAACUUGCAGCCCGAGAAGCAGGAGGCAAUUGGAAGUAACAGGGUUUCCUUGUCCAACUUCCGUGAUGCUGACCAAAAUCCCACGCCGUUGCAAAGUCGGACCUCUUCGGCGCAAAUCGGAGGCAUUCCGCAGGCUCAACCCGACUUGGACUAUGCUGCUGCUGUCAACUCUUUGACUCUACUUUUUCUAAAUGACCACGAAGCUACUCGAGUCGCCUCUUUGACGUGGCUCAUCAUGCUGCACAGGAAGGCCCCCAGGAAGGUCCUGGCUUUCAAUGACGGCACGUUCCCGGCCCUUUUGAAGACGUUGUCCGAUCCAUCCGACGCCGUCGUCACGAAAGACUUGCAGUUACUGUCACAGAUUUCUCGACACAGCGAAGACGACUAUUUCGCCUACUUUAUGGUCAAUCUACUGCAGCUCUUUUCCACGGACCGGAAGCUUUUGGAGGUACGUGGUAAUCUCAUCAUUCGGCAGCUCUGCGUCAGCCUCAGCCCGGAAAGGAUCUACCGAACCCUCGCGGAUUGUAUCGAGAAGGAAGAAGAUGUCGAAUUUGCGAGCAUCAUGGUUCAGAAUCUUAACAACAAUCUCAUCACCGCUCCACAGCUUGCAGAAGUGCGCAAGAGGCUGCGUAAUCUGGAAGCAAAGGAUGGCCAAACUCUCUUUGUUGCCUUAUUCCGUUCCUGGUGCUACAAUGCAGUCGCUACCUUUUCGCUCUGUUUGCUUGCGCAAGCCUAUGAACAGGCAUAUAACUUGCUGCAGAUUUUCGGCGAAUUGGACAUGACUGUCAAUAUCCUUAUUCAGGUUGACAAGUUGGUGCAGCUCAUCGAGUCUCCAGUCUUCACUUACCUUCGCUUGCAACUGCUUGAACCAGAAAAAUACCCGUUCCUAUACAAAUGCAUGUAUGGAAUUCUCAUGCUUUUGCCGCAGUCUUCGGCCUUUGCUGCGCUGAAAAACAGACUGAACAGCGUCAGCGCUAUUGGGUAUCUGCAUGCAGCACCCCGCCCCACUGCAACUUCUUCUAGCAGCUCAGGCUACGACAGACCAAAUCGCCUCAAGGGGCGCGAAGAGGGCGGCAUCCGUUGGGUGGAAUUGUUGGAGAAGUUUCGCAGUGUCCAGGAGAGGGCUCGCCGAGCACAGAGACAGAACAUGGACAGCGAUGAGGUGCCAAGUAUCAGUCUCGGCGAGCUCAGGAUAGGCGACGGCUCGUUCGACAUUAGAGGAAAGGAUGGUAGAGCCGCUGCCGGCAAUCCAGCCCCGCAAAAGGAUGCGAAUGCGCCGGCGGCGAAGAGAUCAGGUCUUGGAAGGCAGUUUGGCAGGCUUGGAGGCGCAGUCUCGGGCAGGAGUAAGCGUAAUACUUGA